UUCGUGCGAAAUGGAGUCAUUGGUUGGCGUUCCAAAUUCCCAUUUGCUGGUCCAUCUGGCCCGCAGUCUCGCCGGUGUGCUAAUCUCGCUAAUUGCUCGCGUCAGCAACGAGUGCCCUCAGCAGCUCGAAUCGUUCCGCCGGGCGCUGGUGCCCCUCUAUCAAGUGGUUGGCGAUUUUCUUGGCCGAACACCGUACGACCAAACGCUACCGAGCAACUCUAGCAGCCACAGUCUGAUCCUGCGGGAUGCACCACCCUUCCGAACGCUACCAUCGAUGGGACCGUCGCAUCAUCAGACAGACGACUUUCGCCCAAGGAUUACCGGUUCACACGAUGCGACCGUGAACUCACGGCUAGUCAACGACGACGACGAAGACAUCCGGCCUCCCCUGACGCCACCGGGAGGGGGACCGUGGUCGCAUCGCAACGUGGGGUCACCGAUCGGGUACACGUCGACCCCGCUCCACCGUACACCGGCGCGACCCCGUCCCCGUCAACCGGAACAGUUUGCACUCAUCAAUCAGCUGCUGACAGCGAUGAGCACCUCGGAGGACGGAGGAGGCAUUACCCACGCCACCGACCAGUUCGCCAAUGAUCCCAUCUUUCGCCACCGACUGCUCGCCGAGUUGGAUCAGCUGCGGGCGCUGGUGGAUCGCGGUAGUGACCAGCGGAGGCCAGCGUCGCCGACCGUUGCCGCUCUGAUGGGGCGUAUCGAGCGGGCGGAAAUUACGCUGUCGACCCUGGUCCACAAUCUGGAGCAUCUACACAACGUAACGAUGUCGCAUACGGACGAGUGAGAGCAGUGUUAUAGCCGGUUCGAAGA